AUGGGACCACAUACUAAACAUGCCAACUCUCCGCCCCCAACAACACGAACGAGUCUCAUCUUCAAGCGAAACUCGGCGCAGAAUGACUAUUUCGCAAAUCAUGCUUUCUCUGGAUCUAUUAUCCUGCGUUUCGGUGACACGAGCCCUAGUCAAGAGGAACAGGAGUUUGAGGACUCAGUUACCCAUGAUCUGGCGGUGUUGGGCAUCCAACUACUGCGCACAUAUACAAGCAAUAAGUUCCAGCAGCUCUACGCACUAUGCCAGCAAUCAAUUUCAGACGAAAAUGCGUAUUCUGACGAUACGGAGCCCGAGAUUCAAAAGAGAGAUCAGAAGAGAGAUCGAUACAAGCUCCUCCCUAGCAUCCAGCGAGAUCGGCCUCCUGCCGAGAGUCUUGCCAUGUUCGAAGAGAUGCGAAAAGGGACAUCGCUAGGUACAAGGCAUACGGCUGCGGGGACGGAGAAUGCAGUUUCGGCCCUCGGGUACUGUGAAGAGGGCUCCCGACUUUCCGCAACAAGAACCGCGACCAAGGCACCCCAAGAUGCCGGCUUUGGGCACAAAGAUGCCAAGAUGACGGAUGCUUUGGUGGGUUCUGCCUUCAACGAGCUUAUUGAGGGGGAUAUUAUUCAAUUGGAGUGA